CAAGUAGCGGUAUAAUUCUAAAAAAUGCCGGCUAACAAUAACAAUUCAAUAGGAUAUGCGUCCUACCAACAACAAUACAAUUCAACGUCAACUUCUCUUUAUCAGGCCAACGACACUGUCUCUAUCGCCUUAUUCUUUUCCAUUAUUGCAUUAUUAUUACUAUCUUUUGUCUUUUACUUUUGGUACACAGAAAGACACAAAAUACCAGCACUUAAACGAGGAGACCAGGCAGUUGGUCAGCAACAAGAAAUCUAUCUUCUCAUAGACAAUAUAUCCAGUCAAGUAAAAACAACCUUUAGAAUACCAAUUUUUACGCUUGCCAUUGUCGUCUGGAAAAGAAUACAUGUAACAUCCACUGCUUUACCACAGACAGUUACGAACCCAGCGGACGAUAUAUUACCUUUGGCUUCGCAUGAGCAUCAGAGAGUGUACAAUUCAAGAAUAUAUCACCUAUUUUCCUUAUUAUUUAUCAUAAGCUUUAUCAUCACAUUAGCUAUUUUAGUUGGUGCUGUCACUUCCUCAACCACAGCCACUUCUUCCACAUUACUAUUACAGGCAGCCUUAUUUGUUCUUGUAUUGUCUGUCAACUUGUAUCUGAUCACCAGGCAGCGAUGCUAUUACAUGGAACGGAGAAAACUUUAUGGAAACGAUGACGCUCAUAUCAAUGCCAUCUAUGACACUCGAUUUUCCGACUGGGAUAAAUCAAUGUGGUCUAAUUGGGUCCAAAUCACAAUUCUCAUUAUCGAAUUCUUUCAGUUGAUGACUUUCCCUCUGAGAGAUUUGAUUACUGUCACGUCGUUUGAAGCAAGUCAAUCAUCAAGUCAACUACAGACCUCCCAACUGGUGUCCUUUAUUUUAAAUGCAGGUGGUUUGAUGCCAGAUAUGAGAACGCCUAGUUGGUACACUUACUCUCUUUGGACUACAUUUGCUACAAUCAUGCUGAGCCUAGUUUUAGCUCUGAUAAUUCAUUGCAUCAACUGGAAAUAUCCAUAUAAGCUAUCUACCCGUUGGGUACGCUGGUGUAUCCCCGUUGCUACUCUAUUAUAUAUUCCGAUAUUGACAACUUUCGUGAGUUCUGCAGCUUGCCAAUCCUUAAAUAUACCGUCUAAUGACUUUAAUAUGACACUUCGUUGCAAUGCGUCUAAUAUAUCUCGUCAACUUUAUUUUUGGAUCUCAUUAGUGGGAUACAUCAUCGCUUAUUUUAUUAUGACCAUAUUUUUGACCAGCUAUGAAAGAGUGCCAACAAAAAAUGAGAUUGCCUACAAAUCCAUCAGUGUUGCAUUUAUUAAAAAUAUGGGUUUACUACUCGCCAUUGUAUUUUUACUAGUUGAAUCUACAACUAAUGUGAACCGUAUGCGAGCAAUUUUAUCCAUCACCAUCUUGUUAACAAUGAUCUGCUACAAUAUCAAAACCAGGCCAUGCUACGUUGAUAAGAUUAAUUUUUUUAGAACAGCUUCGUUUACUUGUAUUCUUUGGACUUCAGCACUGGUUGCAAUUCUAAGUGAUACAGAUGCGGCACAAAGUCUGGGUCCUCUUGCAGUCAUUUAUAUAAUCAUUGGCGGUUGGAUCUUUAUUAUUCUUAUCUUCAUCGUUAUUUAUUUUAUCUACUACAUUCAGCCACCAGAUCAUAUCAUGAUGGAUGAUUCUGCUACAGCAGUUAACCCAACCCAAUACAACGACCCUCUGGAUUACAACGAUCAUCGGUCCAUUCGAUCCACGGUGACCCGCCAGAACUCUAGGGGCUGGUUAGAGAAUUCCGGUAUUUCGAAAUGGUGGUAUGGAACGUCGGCCGAUAUUGAUAAAACGCAUUAUUAAAGAGAUAUCAUAAACCUUAUUAAGCGACUGUAUAUAUUAAUAAAGAAAGAG